AUGGGCAACUGGAAUGCUGUCGGCUACAUCGCCUCGAACAAGGAGCAGUGGCUGGCGGAAGCAUCAAAGCGGCUGCAGCAGUCGCAGGCACGGCAGGCGAGCAACGAGCAGCGGAUAGAGCAGCUGAGCGGGACGGAGGCGGAGGAGAGGGAGAUGCUUCGCAGCCAGGAUGCUGUCAAGCGCAAUGUGGAGGCGAUUCUGGUCUACAUUGCCUCUAAAAAGGAGCAGCGGCUAGCAGAAGCAUCCAAAAGGCUGCAGCAGUCGCAGGCGCGGCAGGCGAGUAAUGAGCAGCAAAUUCAGCAGCUGAGCGCAAAGGAGGCAGAGGAGCGGGAGAUGCUGCGCAGCCAGGAUGCUGUGAAGCGCAAUGUGGAGGCGAUUCUGUUGUUCCGGGGCAUGGAGAGGGAGGAAGAGGGGGUGAGGCGAGAGGUGGAGAGGCUGAGGGAGGAGAUGGGGCGCGUGGGGAGGGUUGGGGAGUUGGAGGAGGAGGUGAGGGCCGUGAGGGAGGAGAUUGAUGGGCUUGCUGCCGAGCAAAACCACAGCCGGGACAAGGUGGCAGCACAUAAGGCGAGCAUCCGACACGCCCAAGCCUCACUCAUCUCACUCCCCUUACUUGCACCACUCCUCACCGCUCCUCACACCUCUCUCACCUCACCCACCUCCACGUCUCUCCCCUCGCAGCAAAACCACAGCCGGGGCAAGGUGGCCGCACAUGAGGCGAGCAUCCGACGCGCAGAGAUAGAGCUGAGGGCGCCCCAGUUCAGAGACAUAGUUAGCCGGCACAAGAAGCAGCUCAUUCAGCUCAAGACCUCAGAGAUGGCAAACCGGGACAUUGAUAAAUACUAUAAUGCACUGGACAAGGCUUUAAUGCGGUUCCAUGCGAUGAAGAUGGAGGAGAUCAACAAGAUCAUCAAGGAGCUGUGGCAGCAGACGUACCGGGGCCAGGACAUUGACUACGUUGAGAUUCGCUCCGACGCGGAAGGAGCGGGGACACGCUCGUACUCCUACCGGGUGGUGAUGCGCAGUGGUGAUGCUGAGCUGGACAUGCGGGGGAGAUGCAGUGCCGGCCAAAAGGUGCUGGCAUCUCUCAUCAUCCGCCUUGCAUUGGCCGAGACCUUUUGCCUCAACUGCGGCAUUCUCGCUUUGGAUGAGCCGACCACCAACCUUGACGCUCCCAAUGCUGAGAGCCUUGCAAGGGCCUUGAACAGGUCAGUCCACUGA